AUGAUCCGUUUUAUUCUGAUCCAAAACCGUGCCGGUAAGACAAGAUUGGCCAAAUGGUAUAUGCACUUUGACGACGAUGAGAAACAAAAACUGAUCGAAGAAGUUCAUGCGUGUGUGACCGUGCGAGAUGCCAAGCACACGAAUUUCGUCGAGUUCCGCAACUUCAAAAUCGUAUAUCGUCGCUACGCCGGGCUGUACUUCUGCAUUUGUGUUGACAUCACCGACAAUAACCUUUACUAUCUGGAAGCUAUUCACAAUUUUGUCGAGGUUCUCAACGAGUACUUCCACAAUGUGUGCGAGCUCGAUUUGGUGUUCAACUUCUACAAAGUGUACACAGUCGUCGACGAGAUGUUCCUUGCCGGCGAGAUCCGUGAAACGUCACAAACAAAGGUGCUCAAACAGUUGCUCAUGCUUACUUCCCUGGAAUAGACAGUCAAGAUGGACCCGUUCAAACAUUGAAACACUCUGUAGAAACAAUUAAUUUAUUUGCUCUUUCUGCCAUAAUUUGUAUUCCGGAAAUUCACUUGUCAUUAUGAUUUUUCAACAAUAUUUAUUUAAUAGAUU